GUAUUUGAUACAUUUUAGAUUAAGGCUGUAAUGUAACAAAAUGUUGAAAAGGGGAAGGGGUCUGAAUACUUUCUGAAUGCACUGUAUAAUGUAUUUUUUUAUUGAAAGGACAUGGAAUCAAGAAAAACUUGAAAAUGAAGUCAUAUUAUGACUUUCUAAAAUUGUAUUUAAUUGUACCCUUGUCUGAUGUUGACAAAUACAUUUUAGGAAUGUUAAUUAUAAAAGGGAAAUAUUUGAUUUAUUGCCGUGUGGGCAACCUCAAUCUCUGAGAUGAGGAUAUUGUAUUUCAUUUAUUGCUAUGUUGACUGCCAACUGACACUUACCAUAAUGUCUUGUUUCAGUGUCUUAUUAGUCACAGAUAGUGUUUCAGAGUGAUUUUUUUUAUGCCCGCUUUUAACUCUUCCCAGUGUCAUUAUAGAUUAAUUCAAUGAUAAAUAAACACUGUUCCUCUGGUCUCAACCCAAAUCAUCCAAUGUUUAUUUUUGAGUUUGUUUUUCACUGAUUCCACUAUUGCGUGUCGUGUCAAGUUUGAGAGUGAGUGAGGGGUGCUGAAAAACAUGGGGUGCAGAGUGUGUUAAUGACUCUCUGGUCUCAUGUUGUUUCGCAAGCCCUUAGCUGAAACCACAGGGGAGAUAACAGGUCCUGGCAUACCCACAUCCCCCAUCUGGUGUAUGAGUGCCCCCUCACAACCCAAACACACCACACUGACAGACUCUUCUUUCAAUGUAAAGACAAACUGAUGGAAGACAGGGUUCACUGUAGUCUGCUGCUGACAGGUUUUGUAACUGUGACUUAAAGUAGUUGGGGCAAAUGUGUUAUUCUUUUCGAAUAAAUUCACUGGGGGUGAUCAGUUAUUGCUUGGGGUGUUUUGUGUGUCCUGUCAGUCAGAGAGAUCUUGGAGGAGGAUUUGAAUGAAUGAUAAAGGGAUUUUAAUGCAAUACAAUACCCCUUUAAUUGUGUUCUUAGAAAAAAAAAUGUAUCGCGUGGCUGAGAAAGUGAAGUGGUAAAUGAUUGACCGGCUGAAUGAUUAAUUGAAGGGCGACGUUCAUCUGUAUCCAUUGCGCGGGUGCGUCAGUGUCAUUUUGAAAAAGUUGGCAGUGCAACGGUUACGCGGAAUUCGGAGUGCGUCGAGUGGAGUGCGCCUUCUAAUUGUGAUCUGAAGGGCAAAGGAUAUGAGGAACCGAUCAUGACAAACCAAGAAACGCUGUCAAGGACAUUUUCUCUUUAUGGACUGCUUUGGCACGACGAACUUCAAUAUCUUAUUCUCAAAAGAGGACAUAUUGCUUAAGCGAAACGUCAUCUAUAGGCUCUUUCUCAGAGACACCGCUCUGUAUAGGCUACGCAGUGUCAUGAAAUGUGCGUGUGGCACCGUACCUUAUGUGAUUCAAGACAGUCGUGUUGGAACUUAAAUAAGGGAUAUUUGUCCUAUUUUAACGUUCCUUAAGACAAGGAUGCAAUAUUGAACAUUUUCUACUCAAGACUAUAAAUGGACCUGCAGUCACGCCACCCCUGACGCUCACCCACAGACCGUUUCAUGGGUUCCCGACCAACAAUGGGCGAACCUAACCGGCUUACAUGCCCAGACCUCCGGCUUUAGAAUAUUGGGGGACAUCAUUCAAAGUUCACACAACUCUUAGUAAAAUAGAGGCAACCAAAUUGUAUUGCAUUGAAAGUGAUCGACUGAGAUUUAUCAAAUUAGGCUAUUUGUAAGAGGCAUCAUAUCUGUGCGCUUGAUUGCCAAGAAUGAUUAUCGAUGACGAUAGAUUAUACGUUGUUACAUUGUAGCUAAUUACAUUGUGUAAUUGUUCAUUAAUUAAUCAAGUUACAGUUUCAAGUCAAUCAUUGGAGUGUUUGCCUACUGAUUUGCUCAUGAUUUUUCACGUUCAUGCGUAACGGUAUGGGAAUGCCACCAGCGCUGUCAUUUCAUAGGAUGGAACCUAAGGACAACAGAUGGAAUAUUGAUUGAGUGGAGAGAAAAGCAAAACACCAAUUAAUUGACCAACAUUUGGCGUGACUUUUGGUGUACUACACAAUGGGGGUUUUGCUUCAAGUUAUUCUAGGAAUGUUCCUCUUGCUCUCAAGAAUACGCACGUCCCAUGCCAAGCUAGCCCACUGGAGACCUGCAGACACCACCCCCAAAUCCAGAGAAGUGCGUCGGUGGUUGGAGGUGUACUCUCGUAGUGUUUGUGAGCCCAGGGAUACCCUGGUGGAGGUGUGGCAGGAGUUGCCAGGGGAGACGCAUCACCUCUUCGUGCCCUCCUGUGUGUCUGUCCGCCGCUGUGGCGGGUGCUGCUCUGACGAGGCACUGGAGUGUGUGCCCUCACUUACACAAACUAUCACCAUGGAGCUAAUGAAGACCUCCUUUAUGAAGCAUGAGCUCAUCGAGCUGGACUUCGUUGAGCACAGCCAGUGUGAGUGCAGACUAAAACAGGAUCUUCAGUCAGCCCCAACCAGACCUGCAAAGCCUCUGAGGAAAGGCAGGGAAAGGGACAGAGGAAAAUCCAAAAGAAAGAAAAUUGGAACUAUCAAAACCACACCCUCCAAUCCCCCCACUACCCUAUUUCCUCUCCCUACCACCCUGUCUUCCUUGCCAGGCUCUCGAUGUACCCCCUGUCCUGGGAGGAAGUGGACGCUGGAUUUACAGUCUUGUCUGUGUCGCUGCAACGUGACCACAGAGAGCUGCAGUCAGAAAGGGAGGAGACUCAACCAGCACUUCUGCAGAUGUGAGGCCAUGAGGCGGUGAUGAUCUCUCCCCCCCUCUCUCUCCCCUCUCUCUGUCUCUCCACUGGUUCCAAUGUCACUCUCAGCCAUGCUUAGCGCAAUCCUGGGUACCUCUCUGUCAGGGGUGGGGUGGGGAAGCAUAUUCCUAAGUACUCCCUUCUGUGUCCCUCCUUGUCCUCCAGAAACACCUUCGGGAAGUUUUCAGACCCCUUGACUUUUUCCACAUUUUGUUAGGUUACAGCCUUACUCUAAAAUUGAUAAAAUUGUUAUUUUUCUUCAUCAUCAAUCUAUUCACAAUACCCCAAAGCAAAAACAGGUUUGUAGAAUAUUUUGCUAAUUUAUAAAAAAUGUAAAACUGAAAUAUCACAUUUUACAUAAGCAUUCAGACCUUUUACUCAGUAUUUUGUUGAAGCACC